AUGAUUUACGACGACGCAACCGAUGAUUUCGAGUCAGUUACUGUCUUGUGGAAUCCUGCAUCCAGAAAAUUCAAGCGUCUACCCAAGCACGAUCCAGAAGAAAGGUUUAAUCAACUGGCUAAAGGAUUGGGGUUUGAUCCCAAAGGAAACGACUAUAAGUAUGUAAGAGCCUCAGUCUUUGGCCGAUAUCCUCGAGCUUCGAUUCUGUGUGAAGUAAUUGAAAGGAAUAAGGGUGUUUGGAGAAGGAUCAAACAUGACAAACCUGAUCAUGUCCCUUCCCCUGGAGGACUAUGGCGAAUUCCUAAGACUGCUAGUGCAGCUGUACAAGGAGCAUUAUAUUGGAAUAUUGAUGGCAAAAUAUUACUUUCCUUCAGUUUGCUUGACGACACCUUCCAAUGGAUACCCUUUCCGCCUCCUCUAAAUAAAUAUUCUAUGACUGGAUAUAACAGCCAUUAUCGUCUAGAAACUUCUUGUGCAUGGAAAGAAUCAGUUGCUGCUGUAGCAAACUUGCCUAAUUUCAGGAUUAAGGAUCAGCGCUUCGACAAAUGGGUGCUGAAUGGUAGUGAUAAGGAAAGAGCUUGGUCAAAACUGUUCACAGUCACUGCCUUGGUGUCUGGAAGCUUAAUGCCAAUUUGUUUAUGGAGAGAUAGAGAAGUCGUAGUUAAACUAAGUAAUGAAGAUGGCAAAAAGCUGGUCUGGUUAGGCAUCUACGGAGAAACAGGACUUUCCAAAGUCUGGGAGAAAGAUGUCUAUGUCUAUGCUUGGUGGAAUUACGAGGAGAGCUUGGUGGAAUUAUGA